AUGAAACUUAGCUCCGCGAGCCACAAGGUGGCAGCUUUGCUGCUGCUGGCCCUUGUCGUCGUUGCUUCGGGCAAGUCGAUCGAGAAGACGCGCCGCCUGCACCCAGCUCUUGGGCGGAUGUUUAACCGCAUGGAUGGCGUCCUUCCGCCUAAGGACUACGUUUCGACAAACCCCCGCACUGUCGAGGGUCGCUUUACCUCGCGUGUCAACCAUUUCGACCCGCAGAACCGCGACACGUUCGAGUUCACCUACUUGCACAACGACCAGUAUUAUCGUGAAGGAGGCCCGCUCUUCGUCGUUGUCGGCGGCCACUACCCGAUUAAUCCGUACUUCAUGGAGAACAGCCACUUCCGUGAUGUUGCCGCCCUGCAGGGUGCUUAUUUGGCAACCUUUGAGCAUCGUUACUUCGGUAACAGCAUUCCCGUCGAGGACUUCACGACGGAGAACAUGCGCUUCCUGCGUACCGAGCAGACCCUGUUCGACUUGAUCGAGUUCAUCGACUUCAUGAAGCGUGAGGUCGUGGGUGACCCGAACGCUCGCGUCAUCCUGCACGGUGUUGCUUAUGCUGGCUCGCUUGCCUCCUGGGCCCGUCAGCGCUUCCCGAACAUCAUCGAUGGUGCCUGGUCCUCCAGUGCUCCAGUGCUCGCCACUGUCAACUUCGCCGGCUUCUCGGAGGACGUCGGUGAAAUGAUCCGCACGAAGGGCAGCGAUGAAUGCUACAAUCGCAUCUUCCAGGCGUUCCACACGGCCCAGAACCUGAUCGAUGCCGGCCAAACCGAGCUGAUCUCGGAUAUGUUCAACACUUGCGACCCGGUUGACACUGACCGACCGCUCGAGAUUGAGCUGUUCUUCUUCGCCAUGAUGACCUCACUCGAGUUGGCUAUGGUUGAGGGCUAUGAUGUCGACAACAUUGGCCGUGUCUGUGAUCAGCUUACUGACGACGAUUUCGGUACCGGUCUUGAGGCUUUGGCCGAUUUCCUGGUCGAGCGGUAUGCCGAAGAGCGCGAGUGCUUCGAUCUGACUUUGGAGAACUUCGUCCGCUAUCUCACUGAUACCGACAUCGAUGGUCCGGCUAACGUCGAGUAUGGUCUGCGUCAGGCCAGCUACCACGACUGUACCGAGUUUGGCUACUUCCAGACGACCACCUCGCAGGACCAGCCCUUCGGCAGCCGCGUUACGUACGAUCUGUUCCUGGCUGAGUGCCAGGCGGCCUUUGGCGAUUGGCUUUCCCAGGAAGUGGUGUAUGAGGGCGUGCGCUUGACGAACUUCCACUUCGGUGGCCAGGAUCCGCGCAUCACCAACGUGCUGUACACGAACGCCGCUCUCGAUCCGUUCCGUCGCGUGUCCAUCACCUACUACCAGAACCUGCUCUCGAAUGCCCGUGUGACGCCGAGAGCGUUCAUCGGUGACGACAUCCAGUCCAUCAGCGGCUUCGACUCGGAAGAACUGCUCGAAACCAAGCACAUGGCUGAGCAGUACAUCACCACCUGGCUCGGAUCGCCGAUCAGCCCUUUCCGCAAGUAG